CUUGGCAACAUUACGGAGAAAACACGUUCGUGGUUACGGAAAGACGUUUUUGAGGAAGUGAACACGUGGGUCACGAGAGUCUGCGCUUUUCAGUUUCUGGUCAAAGUGAUCCUGUCCUUGGCAGUUCUCUAUCAAAAUGGCAGUCAGAGCGUCCUUUGAGAAGAACAAUGAAAUCGGCUGCUUUGCAAAGCUCACAAACGCAUAUUGCUUAGUGGCAAUAGGAGGCUCAGAAAACUUCUACAGUGUCUUUGAAGGUGAACUAUCAGAAACAAUCCCAGUGGUGCAUGCAUCUAUAGCAGGAUGCCGGAUCAUUGGGAGGAUGUGUGUAGGAAACCGUCACGGACUUCUCGUGCCCAACAACACGACAGAUCAAGAGCUGCAGCACAUAAGGAACUGUUUGCCUGAUGCUGUGCGCAUUCAGAGAGUGGAGGAACGACUGUCUGCACUCGGAAAUGUCAUCGCUUGCAAUGACUAUGUGGCUCUAGUUCACCCCGACCUUGACAGGGAAACGGAAGAGAUUCUGGCUGACGCUCUUAAAGUGGAGGUGUUCAGGCAGACGGUGGCUGAGCAGGUGCUUGUGGGUAGUUACUGUGCCUUCAGUAACCAGGGAGGCCUUGUGCACCCCAAAACAUCUAUUGAAGACCAAGAUGAGCUCUCAUCACUCCUGCAAGUGCCUCUAGUCGCCGGUACUGUAAACCGUGGCAGUGAGGUAAUUGCUGCUGGCAUGGUGGUGAAUGACUGGUGUGCCUUUUGUGGUUUGGAUACAACGAGCACAGAGCUAUCUGUCAUUGAGAGUGUAUUCAGAUUGAGUGAGACUCAACCAAGCACCAUAGCCACCAACAUGAGGGACUCGCUUAUUGACAGAUGUGAUAACAGAUGUGGAGAUAAACCUGGUUUAACUUUUCACUGCUUCCUGGCGAACCCAGAAAGACAAGAAAAAUGGGGAACUGCAGUUAAAUGGGAUGUCAACAAAGUAUUCCCGUGCGUGUGGAGAACGUUUUAUAUCAGCCUCACAUAAAUUCUGCAUGGUUGAAUACCAGACCAGGAUGUGGAUAUCACCUUCAAGUCCAACGUUAACGUCUCUUUCUGGACACAUCUCCUGUAUCUUUAUCAUUUUGUAUUCUGUAAACUGAUGUAAAUCAAAGUUUAAGUUAGUAAAAUUAUCAUGGCUAAAUCCAGUUUUCAAUAUUUCAGUUUCAUUGGUAAACCUGCAGAACAAAAUGCAAGGAGAAAGGCUUACCAUGUAAAAUGUUCAUUGAGUGAAGUUUUAAAUCACUUUUCAUUGUCAGUAUAGUGUAUUAUCAUUAAUACUUUGGUCAACACUCAUGCUGGCAUUUGGAAAAUUUCUGCUUAACCUCAUGUCAUUGCGAACCAAUAAAAUUUGGAUAAAUUA